AUGACUGUGAUAAUUGAAGAUAAUUAUAAGACCGAUGAUGAAUGCGAUGAGAUCGAUCAAAUACCAAUCACUACGACUACUACAAAAAACGCUUUGAUAACGACCAUGCUCGGCCCAUGCGAAGUAUAUCCCCAUCGGGUUAAAGUAUCCAUCGUAGGGGUUGGAAAGGUUGGAAUGGCAUGUGCAAUCGCUAUUCUCAUGAGGAAAAUGGCGAGCGAGAUCUGUUUGUUCGAUAAAGAUGGAACUAAGGCUAGCGCUGAAGCCGAGGACAUUCAACACGCUGGAAUCUUCCUUGGAAAUCCUUUGGUUACCGGUACUUCAGACGUAAGCAUGCUGCAAAAAUCAACCGUGGUGAUCAUAACAACUCCAGAAAAACGUUUCAACGAAGAACCAAACGUUAAAGAUAAUUUAGAGAUUUUCAGAAAGAUUAUACCACCAAUAGCUAAGUUCGUUUGCAAUGCAGUUUUAUUGAUAGUUACCGAGCCAGUCGAUGUAAUGUCUUACAUUGCCUAUAAAUUCUCCAAAUUUCCUCCAAAUCGUGUACUUGGCGUUGGCACACUUCUAGACAGUGUAAGAUUUAAAGAUUUAAUAAGCCAAAAAAUUGGAGUAGCACGAUCAUCUAUUAAUUGCAUGUGUAUUGGUACGCAAGGAUCUAUGUCUGUUCCAAUAUGGUCGAGUAUCGAUGUGGCAGGUCUUAAAUUAAGAGAUAUAAAUCCUCGAAUGGGUGAGCCAGAUGAUCCAGAAAAAUGGUAUGAAGUUACAGAAGCUAUUCAUCAAAGUGAUAAAAUAUUGAACGAAAAGAAAGGUGAAAAGGGUCCAAAUUGUUGGGCUGUCGGUAUCUGUACAGCUGAGAUAGUCGAUGCUGUUAUUAGAAAUACAAAAAUCGUCUUACCAGUUUCUACUCAUAUACGUAAUUGCAGUCAUGGUAAGGAAAAAGAUGUUUAUAUGUCAGUACCCUGUGUGAUUGGCCGAGAAGGUGUUCAUUGUACAGUACGACAAAAAUUAACCGAUCAAGAAAAAUUAGAAGUACAAGCUUGCGCCGAUAGUAUUAGAAAUACAUUACGUGAAUGUGGUAUUUUACAAGAAAUCUAUGAAGAACUUGAGAAAUAGUAUAUGAGAAAAGAAUGAGUAAAAGUUUCAUCAGAACAUGAAUCAUUCACGGAAACAUUUUCAACACGUGUACGAUACGGUCAAUGAUACGAAUGUUAGAAAGAAGGAAAAAGAAGAAAGAAGGAAGAAGAAAAAAAGAGAGAGAGAGAGAGAGAGAGAAAAAAAAAGAAAAAUAUAAAAUGCGUUAGAACGUUGGUAACCGGUUCCCUACGUGUUCGUGUAUUUGAUUGGAUAGAAUAAAUGAUAGUAGUCAGAAUCGACUUCCUUGAAAACUGAACUACUGUACCAGUAAAAUUAUACUAAGGAAGUCUCACACUUACAAACCAGAGUUUCUGCUUUAUAUUUAAGAGAUAUAAAGAAUUCAGAUCAGAAUUGUUGUUAGUCCGGUGAAGCG